CUCAUCUCUCCUGUUGCGUGUCAGGAACAACAAUCCAGCCUCGCCCCGCCCUGCCGCUGCCGAGACAUCAAUUAUUCAUGCCGCUCUUGUCUUGCGCUUGUCUGCGCUCCUGAGAGAAAUCCGACCCGCGCGCCAGUCCGGGUUUAGGCUGUGACCUCCCAACAACAGGUCGGAAUAGCGAGCUUGUGUGUUCGGCCUGUGUGUACGGCCUGUAGUCUGUAGAAGCCUGUUGCCUGUCAGCUGAAGACUGUCCCCUGCAACAGGCCGGCAUGUCGGCUUCCGUGAGAACGGGCGGCGGGAAGACGCGCGAAGGGACGACGCCUCCGACAGCGACGCAGAAGUGUCCCCGCUGAAGCGGAUGGAGCCCGUCCUGCUGGUUCCGGAGGGAACAGACGCGCUGGACUCCAUCUGCCCUGAGUACGCAUGCUCAGAAAGGUCCCGGCUGUGUCUGACUGUCCUGGUGCUGAUCGGAUGUUUUAUCCUCGGUGCCGUGGACUGCUACUCCGACUGGCAGGCGUACGGACAGCUGGUGUACGACACGGCUGCCCCCGAGGUGACCUUCUCUCAGCGCUGGGCGCUGUUCGUGUUCUGUGCUGUCGGCACGCUGCUGUUCCUGUGGGAAACGCUGCUGAACAACCUGCUGGAAUACUGCGCCAUGCCGCAUCUGGACGUGGAGAUCACGCUCAUCCUCGUCCUCGCGUUGGAGGAGAUCCCCCUCCGCGUCAUCAACUACGUCACCAGCGCGCUGCGCGGCCGCGCGGCAUUCUGGGCCAUGUUCAGCGGCUGGGUGGGGCUGCUGACCGUGACCUUGCUGCACGGGCUGCGCAUGUGCAAGCGUAGUUACCAUGGCAGCCAGGUGGCCCUGCGGGAGAAGACGUACUACCGGCGGCGCGGCGUGGCGCUGGCCGUGGUCUGCCACCUGCUGUACGUCACGUUCUUCGCGCUGACGGUGCUGCAAACCGCGCAGUACGCCACGCACGGGGUCUGACGUCACACGCACAGGGUCUGACGUCACCAAGCAACGUGUGACGUCACCACGCAAGGUCUGACGUCAGAACGCAAGGUCUGACGUCACCACGCAAGGUCUGACGUCACCACGCAAGGUCUGACGUCACCACGCAAGGUCUGACGUCACCACGCAAGGUCUGACGUCACCACGCAACGUGUGACGUCCCCACACGUGUGACUGUCGUAAUUUCUGUAGUAGUGCCUUAAUAUGUCUGGAACAGAUUAUAUAUAUAACUUUAUAUACUUAUAAUCAUUAGCAAUGAGAAUAUGUCACGUCUACACCAAGCAACGGCUGACGUCACAGAGCAACGUGUGACGUCAUGACGCAACGUGUGACGUCACAGAACACAAUCCCUCUGUAGCACGUAUUAUCUCUGCCGUUGGUGCCUUCGUAGUUUCUGUGGUAGUGCCUUAUGAGUCUGGAACAGAUUAUAUAUAUAACUUUAUAUACUGAUAAUCAUUAGCAAUGAGAAUAUGUCACGUCUACGUGUAUUGAUGAUAUGGUAAUUAUAUAUUUCAAAUCAUAUAUAAAUGUUUCCCAGAAAGUGUGUUUUACUCAAUACAAAUAUUUCAUGGCAAUAUUUACAUUGUACAUAGCAAAAUGUUUCGUAUAUAAGAUAUGUUUCAUAUAUAGCAAAUGCUACAUUUAUAGCAAAUGUUCCAUACAUAGCAAAUGUUUCAUAGCAAAUAUUUGUAUUUUGACAAUCAUUAUGUUUUCACAGCAAAACACACACACACAUACACACACACACACACACACACACACACACACACAC